CCUUUCCCUGCCCCCAUAGAGAGGCAGUCUACCCUAUGAAGGUAUUCUUGAGAGGAAUUUCUGGCAUAACCAUCAAUGUUAUAACAUUCAGUCCUCUUAAAAUAACUCAUCGAUGGAAAUAACAUGUAAAGAGCUUGGAAAUGCUGUUGAUUUGAUUCCAGGCACUUAAGAGAUCAGCACAUUUAGAAAAAAAAUCAUUAGGUGUCGGAUCAAUGUCUAGAUUUUUCUGUUUGCCAGAGAGCUGAGAAGCUGGCUUUCCUACUUGGACUAAAAUACAGGUCACCUUUGAUUUGUCAGAGGAAUGCUUGGUCAGAGGAAUGAAUGAAAUGACUGAAUGGAAUGCCUGAGGGGAAAGGUGGACAGUUACACCAGUUGAAUUUAUUUCUCCAUCCUGUCACAUCCCAGAAGAAGCUCCUUAUUCACUGGCUCCUCACUUGGCCCUGUUUAUCAUUUUCCCUGCUCACAUCUGGCAAACGUCGCUGGCCCCAACGCGAGAGAGGAAUUCCAGUUUCAUCAUUGUGAUCAGCUGUGGUUCUGGAACAAUCGAGAUGACAGAUGGGGACCCACAAUUUGGAAAUAAGAGCUUAAGAGGAGCAUUGAGAAGACCCGUCUCUGGUCCCCGUGCAUAUUCCCAGGGGACUUGAGCACUCGGAGACUGGGAUUCCUGGGAGAGCCACCACAGCGUUGUCUUUUGCUGAGAAAUAAACCAAGACGCUGCUGUCCCACUUAGGAUGGAACAAGAAGCCACGAAGUCCCUGAUGACAGAAAACGUGGAAGAUUGCCUGCUGGACAAGGUGUACCUGAGGCGCCAGCGGGUUUCUAAGACCGUGCAGGAGCUGCAGAAAGUCAUCUACCGUCUGACCACAGACGUCAGCAACCAAGACGUACGGUUUCAAGCUGUCCCUUACUCUUUGGCAUACGAUGGGAACUUGAAGGUUUUGGCUCCCAGCCAGUUCCUUGUCACAGUCCCAGUGCGAGGCCUGGGCGGGUACCGGGAGCCCAGGGAGCAUCGCUGGCGGUACUAUACCCUGCAAGGCACCAGGCUCCCCUGCCCGCUGCGGGACCCAGAGGGCCUGCAGCAGUGGCUGGCCGUGCGGCAGUUCAUGAAGAGCCUGUGGCAGUGGCACGAGGCAGACGUGAACAUCGAGGGGGACAUCGUGCCCGCCAAGGUCCUCCAGGUGUUCCGGAAACUGGUAGAAAAUGCAAUCGAAACCUGUCACCUGUCAGGAAAGGUCAGCGUGCUCACAAACAGCACUGCAGUUCGGGUUGCCGUGGAAACAUCCGAAGGUCAGGUGGAGCUAGAGCUGGCCCCCGCAGUGGAGAUCCCCAACGCCUGGUCCAAGAGAGCCCGGUGGCCUCGGUGUCUGACGCGCUGGCCCUCCCCGGAGAGAGUGGAGUGCAUCAAGUCAUUCGGAUUUGCCCUGUUGGCCCGUUCGAAUUAUCACUGGCAGCUGAGCUUCCUGCAGGCUGAGCAGGUGCUGUUGGAACAGCUGGACGAGGAUGGGGGCUGCCGCAGGAAGUGUUUCCAGGCCAUGCGGCAGAUGAAGGAGGACGUCUGGUGCCCGGGGAAGAGGCCUGUGAUCUCGUCCCACCAUCUGCAGAUGGUGCUCUUUUGGACCUGUGAGAAGUACCCGCACUCUAAGGACUGGCAGGUCUUCAGCAAAGGGUUCCUGCGCCUGGUGAGGAAACUGCACAAGUGCGCGAGCCAGCGCUUUCUGAAGCACUUCUUCGUGCCCAAGAGCAACCUCCUGCAGUGUGCCAGCUCGGGCGAGCUGGACGCUCUGGCCCAGAAGCUGGCCUGCUUCCUGAAGGACCCCCAGAUAGGCCUGCCCUGAGGAUGUG